ACGUAGAGCAGGAAGUAAAUAAUGACUUUCGUUCCCGCGCAGUACGACAGCUACAGCAAGAAGUUAGCAGAUUAGUUGCUAACCUGACACGGAGUAAACAAUGGAUGAGCUUUAUCUAGAUAACAUCGACGAAUAUGUCAACGAUCACAACAAGAUAGUGACCUAUAAAUGGCUUAGUCUUACCCUCGGGGUCCAUGUAAAUACAGCGAAACAAAUGCUCUUCCAUUACCUGGAUCACAAAAGAAAAGAGAGCUCAGCUCCGCUCCACGCUACAUACCUAGUGACGGGUAAAUGGGUCGAGAAUGGAAACACGAGUCACAAGGUGACGGUGGUGAGAGAGGAGCAGUUGGAAGAUGUCAAGUCCAAGAUGAGCUUGACGGUCAGUGUCCACGUGUACAGCGUCCAGAAAGCUUCCCUGAAGGACAGCGGCCCUCUUUACAGCGUAGACUACGACGUGGUCAAAGACAACCUGAACAGCUGCAGCAGGUACAGCGCCAUCAAGUGUGCCGACGCCGUCCCCUUUGCCCUGGGGGACACGCGGCCGGCGGGCGACAGCCUACAGUUCCCUCCGCCGGAUCCUAACCAGCUCAGAGCUCCUAGUUUCGACGGGCCAGGCAACCAGACCGCCUCGAAACCAGCCGCCAAGCCGCAGCCCAAAGGCAUCAUGGGAAUGUUUGCGAGCAAGGCUGCUCCCAAAAAGCAGGAGCCUGCCAAAGAGAUAAAGGUGGAGCAAAAGGAAGACACUACUACGGCUGAUGUGUCAAAAAGUAAGUCAGCCUCCAAGGGCAGUACUAUGAGCAACUUCUUUGGGAGUCAAGCGACAAAGCGAGCAGAGAAAACGGUGAAGGAAGAAGAGACGUCAUCGUCCUCGGUGAAGGAUAAAUCUGAGUCCUCCCCUCCAGCGAAGAAGCUGAAAGAGACGCCAAACGAGGAGAAGGUUAAGGAGACUCAGCCCAAGGAGGUGAAGGUUAAGGAGACUCAGCCAAAGGAAGAGAAGGUUAAUGAGACACAGCCCAAGGAGGUGAAGGUUAAGGAGACUCAGCCAAAGGAGGAGAAGGUUAAGGAGACUCAGCCCAAGGAGGUGAAGGUUAAGGAGACUCAGCCCAAGGAGGUGAGGGUUAAGGAGACUCAGCCCAAGGAGGCGAAAGUUAAGGUGACCAAGGAAGCCAAGGUUAAGGAGGCCAAGCCAAACGCAAGGAGUAAAUCCAAGCGCAAGGAGCCGUCGGACAGCGAGGAGGACAAGAUGGAGACGAAGAAGAGACGCAGGAUUAAAAAGCCUCAGUCUGACAGCAGUGAUGAUGAUGACGUCAUUCCAGAUUCCCCGAAGCAGCAGGAGAUGCGGAAGCCCCCGCCAACCCCGGAGCGUCUGCUGAAGGAGAAGAUUGUUUCACAGCCUAACGAGUGCAAGAGGAGGAAGAGGAGGAGAGUCAUGAUGUCGCGUACCUUUAUGGAUGAAGAAGGAUGCAUUGUGACGGAGAAAGGCUACGAGAGCGAAUCCUACUCGGAUAGCGAAGACCACGUCCCGUCGGCCAAAGCGUCCAACGUUCCCGCAAGGGCUGCAGCCGGCAAGAGGGAGGACGAGAAGAAGUCUAAGAAGAAGAUAUCGCCCCCGGCAACCAAAGGCACUAAGCAGGCUUCCAUCAUGGGGUUCUUCCAGAAGAAGUGACGAUGAUCUUUGGGGCGGGCGUGGCAACACUUUGGGGGACAACAUGUUGGCUUGGCACCCCUGUGACAUAAGGAUCUCUUGGUCCUCGCGAUGACUGGGAAGCGCGUUCAGGAACUACUUCUCGAACGUAGUUUGGAACAGCAUGUGUACUUGUUUGUAUCGUAGGUCAAGUGGUAGGUGAUUAGAUUCAACAUGCAUUGCUGUCUAUUGAACACACUUUUAUGUGGCUGUUGGGGGUGAUUAAGUAUUCGCUGAGACAUGCUACUGUUUUGAAGAGCGCAAGAACCUCCAAAGGUUUCCUAGUGUGGUCUGCUAAAAAGAACCGCUGCCAAAUGCUGAAUUGCUGGGUGAAGUGGAUCCUUCUUUCUCUGCACUGUAGGCUGGUAAGGGAUUACCCUGAAUCAACUUGUGUGAACUCGUAGUACUCGUGUCAACUCGUUUUUUUCAUUUAUGUGUGAUGUAUUUUAUAUUAAAUACAGUGUAUAAAAUAUGGAAGGAUCCAUUGGUCAUGGUCGACAUCUGUUUGAAUUCAUUAAACUAUUUUCUCAUAAAUCCUUGUUUGCGUGAGUUAAG